CUCUUUAGGUUUGGCUUGUGAUAAUUCCAGCCCAAGUUCUAGGAUGGUUCUUUAUUCUUGGGACCAGACAUGAGCAAAAGUUGAACUCAUGAGUGCUUCAACCUCUCCAGCUGCCAUGCUCCUCCGGAAGCUGAGGCGACUCUCCUGGGGCAGCACUGCUGUCCAACUCUUCAUCCUAACGGUGGUGACCUUUGGCCUGCUGGCCCCCCUAGCCUGUCACCGGCUUCUUCACUCUUACUUCUAUCUGCGCCAUUGGCAUCUGAACCAAAUGAGCCAAGAGUUCCUGCAGCAAAGCUUGAAAGAGGGUGAGGCUGCCCUCCACUACUUUGAAGAACUUCCCUCCGCCAAUGGCUCGGUGCCCAUUGUCUGGCAAGCCACUCCUCGGCCCUGGCUUGUGAUCACCAUUAUCACUGUGGACAGGCAGCCUGGCUUCCACUACGUCUUGCAGGUGGUGUCCCAGUUCCACCGGCUUCUUCAGCAGUGCGGCCCCCAGUGUGAGGGGCACCAACUCUUCCUCUGCAACGUGGAACGUAGCGUGAGCCAUUUCGAUGCCAAACUGCUCUCCAAGUACGUCCCUGUGGCCAACCGCUAUGAGGGCACUGAGGAUGAUUAUGGCGAUGACCCUUCAACCAACUCAUUUGAAAAAGAGAAGCAAGACUAUGUCUAUUGCCUGGAGUCAUCCCUACAGACCUACAACCCGGACUACGUCCUGAUGGUGGAAGACGAUGCUGUUCCAGAAGAGCAGAUCUUCCCAGUCUUGGAGCACCUUCUGCGGGCUCGCUUCUCUGAGCCACAUCUCAAAGAUGCUCUUUAUCUAAA